AUGGACGUUCCCCGCAUCGACAUGUCGGGCGAGGAACCAGACAGGCCCGCGCAUCCUGGGACUUUCCAAUCCAGCAAACAAGAGAAGCGCUCCCUCUCCCCGGCUAGAGUCACCGUGGACUUCCCGGUAUGUGUGGUUCUUCCUGCUGGCGGCAGCGGAGAGAGAACCGGACUGCAGACACCCAAACAGUUCUGCAUGCUGCUGGGCCGACCACUUAUAAGCUACACUAUUCAGGCUUUUGAGAGUAUUUCAUGGAUCCGCAAGGUCGUGGUUGUCGUGGCCGAAGAGAAAGCAGACAUGAUGGCCAACAUCGUACAGCACUACCGGCACGUUAAAGUCCAUGUAGAGCCAGGUGGCUCAACACGUCACAGGUCCAUUCGCAAUGGCGUCAUGUCUCUAGUUGGUGAAGAGGAGAAGGACAAAAUGGUCGUCAUCAUCCAUGACGCUGUGCGGCCUUUUGUGGAGGAACACUUCCUUUAUCGUAUAGCCACGGCUGCCAGGGAACACGGGGCUUCGGGGGCCAUACGUCCGCUGGUCUCCACGGUGAUCGCCACCACGUCCGACGGCUUCCUGGACCACUCGUUGGAGCGAGCCAAAUACAGAGCCAGUGAAAUGCCUCAGGCCUUCAAGUACAACAUCAUCCAUCGAGCUUAUCAGAAGUGCAAACAGACCGACUAUGACUUCGGUACCGAGUGCCUCCAUCUGGUGCUGGAGUACUGUGGCACUAAAGCCAAGCUCAUCGAAGGCCCGCCCACAUUGUGGAAGGUCACCUACAAACGGGAUUUGGCUGCGGCGGAGUCCGUCAUAAAAGAGACACUCUCUCGGUCCACCUGCGUGAUCACAGGAGGAUGUCCGUUUGCUGGGAUGCUUGCCAACUCUUUCCAAGAGGACUUAGAAAUGGAGCUGGACAUCAUCCCAGAUCUGACGGGAAACAACAUCGCGUAUCUGUUGAAGGUCUACAACGUGAUCCAAUUCUCUCUGAAUGGCUUUGACUUAGACCAAGUGGAGGAGAUUUUUGCCGCAAUUCAGGUGUCUAAUCAAACGCUUUUCCACACGGUGGUUGUUAUUGCGGUCUGUUUGGGCAUUUUAGAUGGACGGUCAGCCGAGAGAGCAGCCUUUGCAGAAUUGGCCUCGGCAGCCAAGCUUCAAAAUAUUUUCUUGUACGGCGUACAUGUGGACGUGGACCUGUCAAAGGGCGCUGAGACUCGGGUCGAAUCUUUGUCCAAAGUAGCCUCGCUGAUGUCAGCUUUGAUACGUGAUCGUAGCGUGGCCUUUGUGGGACAAGUUCUACAGGCGUGA